AUGUCGGGGACCACUAUUGACGACGUCGUAAGACGUCUAAGCACUGCAGACCUAGAUGCCAGGUUCAAACUUGAAGCCGCGACGACCUUGCGCGAUAGCCUGGACCAUUACACCAGCGGACCGAUUUACCCUCCCUUCCUCAAGCGGUUGAUGCCGAUAUUCAUCAACAUCUUACGCGGACCAUGCAUCUUUCAAAGCAACUCGACGGAGCAGAAACUCCGGCACUGCAUCUUGGAAGUCCUCCACCGCCUGCCGACUCAACCCGCCCCCGCCGAGCCGUUCGAGCCCUACGCGGAAGAAGCCUGCGACUUGCUCAUGCAACUUGUCCGAGCCGACAACGAAGAUAAUGCGACCCUGUGCGUCAAGAUAACCUCCGACAUUAUGCGCCACCAGCACAAGGUUCUCCAAGGAAAGGUGCAGCAGUUCCUUUCCUUGAUUCAAGAGCUCUUCGAGCAGAUGGGCAAGGUCGUGAGAGAACAGCUGGACAAUGCGCCCUCGGCCACGUCCUCGCAGCCCGGCGCGCCGUCGACGCCGGGAAGCGUGCAGACAAACUUCCAGUCCCCACGCCCCGGGUCGCCCGUGGCUUCGGUCUCGGACUUGGGAGCAGACCCCCAACAACAGAAUCGCCCUCUUCUGAGAGGGAUGCAGUCGUUCAAGGUCCUUUCCGAGUGCCCGAUCAUCGUCGUCUCGAUAUUCCAAAUCUACCGCAGCACGGUUUCGCAAAACGUCAAGGCCUUCGUCCCCCUGAUCACGGGCGUCUUGCAGCUCCAGGCGAGCGCGCAGGGGCAAGCCCACGUCGAUGCUGCCGCCAAGGGCCUGAUCCACACCGGCGUGAGCCCCGCUGUCAAGAACAGGGCCGCGUUUGGCGAGUUCAUCACGGCCCAGGUCAAGACCAUGAGCUUUCUCGCCUACCUGCUGCGGCAGUAUUCUGGCCAACUCAGCGACUUCUUGCCGACACUGCCGGAUGUGGUCGUCAGACUGCUCAAAGACUGCCCCCGUGAGAAGUCGGGAACCAGAAAGGAGCUGCUCAUUGCCAUCCGACAUAUCAUCAACUACAAUUUCCGCAAAAUCUUCCUACCCAAGAUUGACGAGCUGCUAGAUGAACGGACCCUCACGGGCGAUGGGUUGACGGUUUAUGAGACCAUGCGGCCCCUGGCAUACAGCAUGCUUGCCGACCUCAUCCAUCACGUUCGAGACUCUCUGAGCCCGGAACAGAUUCGCAAGACUGUCGAGGUCUACACCAAGAACUUGCAGGACAACUUUCCUGGCACAAGCUUCCAGACCAUGAGUGCGAAGCUGCUCCUUAACAUGGCGGAAUGUAUUGCCAAGCUCCCCAACAAGGUGGAUGCGAGGCAUUACCUCAUCAUGAUUCUGAACGCCAUUGGCGACAAGUUUGCCGCCAUGAACCGCCAGUAUCCAAACGCCGUCAAACUCUCCAAGCAGUAUCUUCAACAAGCAGAGGCAGGCAUCCCAGAAUCCUACCUCGCCGACAAGGAGAAUCGCCCCGACUGGGACGAGACGGACAUAUUCUCGGCCGUGCCGAUCAAGAUUUCCAACCCUCGCGACAGGGGUGCCGAUCCCGUGGUGGACAACAAGUUUCUGUUUAGGAACCUUAUGAACGGCCUGAAGAACACGUUCUACCAGUUGAGGACGUGCAAUACCGGCGCCCCCAUCGAUCCGCAGAACGCCCCGUCGCACUGGCAGGACGUCUCGUACGGCUUCACCGCCGAGGAGGUCAACGUCAUCAUCAAGCUGUUUCGAGAGGGUGCAUACGUUUUUCGGUAUUAUGAGAUCGAAAAGCCCGCCUCCGAGGCUCAGUACAUGUCUCCCGUCGAGUACAUGGCAAAUUUCUACAUGAUCUCGAGCAGCAAAGAGGAGAAGGACCUGCUGGAGACGUUCGCCACCGUCUUCCAUUGCAUCGAUCCCGCCACGUUUCACGAAGUCUUUCAGCAGGAAAUCCCACGACUCUACGACAUGAUCUUCGAACACACAGCUCUGUUACAUAUACCCCAGUUUUUCCUUGCCAGCGAGGCCACCUCGCCAAGCUUUUGCGGCAUGCUUCUUCAGUUUCUCAUGGAGCGCAUCGAUCAGGUCGGUUCCGCGGAUGUCAAAAAGUCGUCCAUUCUGCUGCGGCUCUUUAAGCUGGCGUUCAUGGCAGUCACUCUGUUCGCCGGACAGAACGAACAGGUGCUUCUUCCGCACGUCGUCAAUAUUGUCACCCAGUCAAUCGAGCUGUCGACCAAGGCAGAGGAGCCCAUGAAUUACUUUCUUCUCUUGCGCUCCCUCUUUCGUAGCAUUGGCGGCGGCAAGUUUGAGCAGCUCUACAAGCAAAUCUUGCCUCUAUUGGAGAUGCUCCUGGACGUCCUCAACAACCUCCUCAUGGCCGCUCGAAAACCUUCCGAGCGCGACCUGUACGUGGAGCUGUGCCUCACUGUGCCCGCUCGGCUAAGCCAUUUGCUGCCCCAUCUGAGCUUCUUGAUGCGCCCUCUGGUCGUCGCCUUGAGAGCAGGGACGGAGCUCGUGGGACAAGGUUUGCGCACCUUGGAGCUGUGCGUUGAUAAUUUGACCGCAGACUACCUGGACCCCAUCAUGGCCCCGGUGAUAGAUGAGCUCAUGAAUGCGCUGUUCAACCACCUCAAGCCGCAUCCCUAUAGCCACUUCCACGCUCACACCACGAUGAGAAUCCUCGGGAAGCUAGGCGGCAGGAAUCGAAAGUUCAUGUCGGGCGCCGUGCCUCUUACCUACAAGGGAUACGCCGACGACUCUUCCAGCUUCGACAUGCACCUCAUCGGAUCCAAGAAAGACCGGGCGUUCCCAGCCGAUCUUGGCAUCGAUUUCGCGAUUCAAAAACUGAUGGAGGCGCCGAAGAUGAGCAAGAAUAACCAGAACCGCCAGUACGAUGAGCACUACAAGACGCAAGCCCUCCAUCUGCUCAAGUCGCAGCUCAAGCUGCGGAUCGGCUACGACCAGCUUCCGGACGACAUGCCGAGACUUGUGCGUCUUCAGGCCCAGGAUUUUUUGUCGCGGAAUCUGGAUAUCAACUUGGUGCCGUUCGAAGUAUCCAAUCGCGACAAAUCAAUCCCGAAGAAGGACGAGCAGGACCAGAUCACGAAGAAGCUCAUCAAGGCAAUCAUGUUUGCUCAAUCGAUACCGAGCUUCAAAGAUGACGCGGAUGCCUUCCUUCUCGACGUGUGCAGACACUUUGCACUCAUCGAGCUCGGCCGCUCUCUGGUUGACCUCAAGCGAACCUACAGUCCCUUUGAUCCAAAGGCCGGCGAUGGUCCCCUGCACAUCGACACGAGGAUUCUUUCAGAUGCGAUAGUCGAGUCUCUUGCGUCAGACCAUCCCGAUGUGCGAGAAGCUGCGAAGCGGGCGAUUCGUGAGCUCUACAAGUCGACGGCUGUCAUCUUUGGGUCGGAAACCGGGGUCGGCCGCCUCCCCCUCUUCACGUAUCUGAGCAGCACCUUCUGCCACAGCUGCUACGAAGAGGAGUGGUUUACCAAGACCGGAGGUAGCCUGGGCAUCAACUUCAUGCUCACGGAGCUCGACUUGGGGGACGCCUGGGUUGCUUCGAAGCAGACCGAGUUCAUCCGCGCCCUCAUGUACGUGAUCAAGGAUAUGCCUCAGGAUCUACCAGAGAAGACUAGGUGUCUGGCGCAAACGAGCCUGCAGGUCCUUUUGAGACGCAUCACCCAGGGCAUUAAGAAGGAGGAGGCCCUACCCGCCCCCCAACCGCAAGGCCAGCCUCCGGUCAAGCAGCCCCGCCUUGCCCAGUUGUGCAUGCAGUUCAACAACGAACUCUCGCACAUGAACAAGUUUGUCCGCGAGACCGCCAAGCUCUCCCUCGAGCUUAUCGCCAAGGCCGCCGGGUGCGAGGUCUGGGAGCUUGUUGAGCCCUACAAGGAGAGAUUCUUGCAGCCAAUCUACUCCAAGCCCCUGCGCGCUCUGCCGUUCAGCAUCCAGAUCGGAUACAUCAACGCCAUGACGUAUCACAUGAGCCUCAAGCACGACUGGGUCAGGUUUGACGAGAACCUCAAUCGCUUGCUGAUGGAGUCUUUGGCGCUGGCCGACGCAAACGACGAGUCGCUGGCCAACAAGCCUGCCGAGUUUCGGACGCACGAGCACAUUGUCAACCUGAGGGUUUCGUGCAUCAAGUUGCUCAGCACGGCCAUGACGUUUGAGGAGUUUGCGAACAAUCCUACAAAGGGCAAGAUUCUGGCCGUCUUCUUCAAAUGUCUCUAUUCGGAGUCGAAACCGACCAUUGCCGCGGCGAACGACGCUCUGAAGUCUGUCUUGGCGGUUGAUAGGCGCCUACCGAAAGACUUGCUCCAGGGGGGUCUUCGUCCUGUGCUCCAGAGCCUCUCGGAUCCGAAGCGGCUGAGCACGCACGGCUUGGACAACCUCUCGAGACUUCUCAAGCUGCUCACCAGCUACUUCAAGGUCGAGAUUGGUGCGCGACUGCUCGACCAGAUCGACUCCAUCGUUGAACCCAGCGCCUGGCAACAAAUCUCCUUUACCUUUUUCGAGCAGCACCCGCAGAUGAAGGUCAUCACGGCCACGCUCAACAUUUUCCACCUGCUGCCAGCAUUGGCUGAAUCUUUUAAGGAGCGCCUCAUCGACUGCUUCCUGGGGCUUGAAGAGAAGCUGAGGCGGACAAUUCAGAGUCCGUUCCGCCAUCCGAUAUAUCUGUAUCUCAACAGAUACCCCAAAGAGAUCUGGAACCAUCUACUCGGAAAACUGGAUGAAUUGAAAUAUGGUCGUCUAUUGGCUCAAGUCCUUCGCCACCCUGACAGCACACCCAUCCGAGAGGUUGCCGCCGAGAACGUGGAGGGAUUGAUUCGCAGGUGCAACGAGGUAACCAAUGAGAAGAAAUUCAUUGCCGUCGUCAACACUAUCCACAUUCUCGACUCGAUAAGUCAUUGGUCGAGCACAAACGGCUGGAUGGACAAAAAGGAACACAUCGCAUGGCUGAAGACUGUUGGCAAUGACCUUGAGGGUCACAUUCGAAACUACACUCUUCCGGCCAACCUUCGUCUGCCCGCGUACCAAGCCGCGGAACAACUUAUGAAUGUCCUCGUCAAGUCGCUUGAGAAGAACCCCAAGGAUCUGGAUUCGUUGUUCAACUUGAUCGAGUCUGUGACAAGCGACGAGCUCCGCCCGACACAGUCGUUGUACUCGUUCAUUUACCAGAAGAUCAUCUGCAGCGAGUCCAUCGAGUUCUGGAAAACCUCGUUUUUGCGGUGCCUGGAGACGUAUGCGGGUAAAUCGGCAUCCAACAAAACCAAGCACUUCUUGCUGCACAACAUUGUCAACCCCAUCGUGGCCAUGGACGUCAUGCGGCAUUGGAAUCAAGUCGAGUCGAACAAGACGCAACGGCUCAUGGACCGCUCCGUGAUUGAUGCUGUCAGCACCAAGAUAUGGAAGGUUCACCCAGAGAUGACCGCCGAUGAUCAAGCACAGCCCGGAAUCGAUCACACACGGUUCGAGGUUCUUCAACUCUCUGCAAUGUUGGUCAAGUAUUACCACACGACGCUCCAGGAAGCACGCAAAGAUAUUAUCAAGUUUGGAUGGACAUUUAUCCGGCUCGACGAUGUUAUCAACAAGCAUGCGGCGUACGUGGUCAUUGGAUACUUCAUCGCCCACUACGAGACUCCCCCGAAGAUCGUCAGCCAAGUCUACCUGUCGUUGCUCAAGACGAACCAGAACGAGGGGCGAGCCUUGGUGACGCAGGCUCUAGAGCUCAUCGCCCCUGUGCUCCCCAAACGAUGUGGUGGGAGCGGCCCGAACGAGCGCAAUGCGCCCUGGGCCGUCGCACCGCGUCGGAUCCUGGCAGAUGAAGGCCAGAACGUGCAGCAAAUGACGAGUAUUUUCCACUUCUUGGUCCGGCACCCUGAAUUGUUCUUUGAUGCGCGCGACAAGUACGCCAUUCUGCUCAUUACCUCGUUGAGAAAAGUGGCUGCCCCGCCGAACCCGUCUCACGAGAGCAAGAAACUGGCGCUGAACAUGAUGUGGCUCAUCUGGACUUGGGAGCAGUGGCGGGUUGAGGGUAGGAAUCCGGCCGGCCCUGGGGGCCAGGAUCUUUUGCUGUCGCCAAAUACGAGGAAGCGCAAGCUGGAUGCCAGUCAAGCCAUGCCUUCGCCGUCUGCGCUGAGGCAGUCUGCGCCCAACGAGUACCAGAUUCCCCAAAUCUUCCGACAAAAGAUGAUCAAGUACCUCGUCGAGUUCAUCGCACAGCUCAAUGAACGGUAUCAGCUGCCGUCGGCGAAGCCUCGCGAACACAACCCGACAUCCGUUCCCUUGCCGCCAUCGAGUACGGAGCUCUGCAAAAAGGCCAUGAGCUUGCUGUAUAGCCUGGUGCAGCCACGAUACUGGGGCGAUCUUGAGCUCGACCUGUUUUCCAACGUCACCGACGUCAUCCUCGCGAGCGACAAGACUCAAAACAUCCUCAACGCUGAUCCCACAGACAAGGAGAAGUACGAUGAGAGGUUCAUCACCAACAUCAUCAACACGCUGCAGGUCGUGCGCAUCGUGCUGAACUUCAAGUCGGACGAAUGGGUGCAGAAGCACUUUGCUGCGGUGCAGAAGGUUCUGGAAAAGUGUUUGAAGUGCGAGAACCCAGAGGUUCAGGACUGUUUGCAUCUCUCCGACGACAAGUACGAUGAUGGGCGCGAAUUGAAAUCCAUCAUCAAGCGCAUUCUCGAAGCUGUGCCCGAGGAUACGCCAAUGGAAGAUGCAGAUGCAGAAGCAGAGGCCGAGGCCCCGACGUCGGAGAUUGUCGCCUAUCUCUCGCAGGCUGCGACGGAAGCAAUGAACAACUCGUCCUACAUCUCAGGCGUCAACCUCCUCUGGUCCCUCGGGGAACGCAAACCAGCUGUCAUUGACCAACAUGUCACGUCCUUGAUGAAAGCCUUGCAGAGUAAGCAUGCGCGGGAGCACGUGCAGCACUACAACGCCGUUGCCAGCCAGGCUGCCGGCGCAAGCACCCGUGGCCAAGACGGCAGUCCGGCAUCUGGGGAAAUGGCCGCGUACGACCUCGAGAUCCAGACGAAACUCAUCAUCAAGGAGAUCCAGACCGUUGCGCUGCGCAUGGAGCACUUGGGAGAUAACCGGCGGCCGUUCCUCAGCGUGCUGGCGACUCUGGUGGAGAAGUCGAUGCACAUUGAGCUGUGCACGGAGAUUCUCAGCAUGGUCGAGGGCUGGGUGUUUCGAUCCGAGGGGACAUGGCCCACGCUCAAGGAGAAGACCGCAGUGCUCCACAAGAUGCUCUCGUUUGAGCAUAGGCAAGACUCGAUGAUGCUGUCCAAGUUCCUGGAGCUCGUGAUCCGUAUUUACGAGGACCCCAAGAUCACUCGUACCGAGUUGACAGUGCGGAUGGAGCACGCCUUUCUCAUCGGCACCAGGGCCGCCGACGUCGAGAUGCGCAACCGUUUCAUGGCCAUAUUCGACAAGAGCCUGUCCAAGACGGCCAGCCUGCGUCUUUCCUACGUCCUGAGCUCUCAGAACUGGGACACGCUGGCCGACUCCUACUGGCUUGCUCAGGCCUCGCAACUCUUGUUGGGCGCCGUGGAGCUGAACACAAACGUCCAGCUUCAUCCAGAGGACUUCAAAGUCUGGCCGGCAUCUCAACUGGCCAUGAUGUAUCCAAAGGACAGAGACUCGAGAGAGCCGAAGCUGAUGUCCGACGACAAGCUCGAGGCUCUGCUCGUCAGCCAUCGUCGUUUUAUUGCCGAGCUUGGCGAGGUCAAAGUCCGAGACGUUAUCGAGCCGCUGGUGCAGCUGCAGCAUGUUGACACGCAGCUAGCCCAUGAGCUUUGGGUGACGAUUUUCCCCAUGUUCUGGUCUGCAACUGCUCGCGAUGAGCGGGCCGACCUUGAACGCGGUAUGGUGUCGUUGUUGACGAAAGACUACCACAGCCGUCAAAUCGACAAGCGGCCCAAUGUCAUCCAGUCACUUGUCGAAGGAGCUGCCAGGACGUGGCCGGAUUGCAAGCUGCCGCCUCACGUGCUGAAGUUUGAGGCCAAGACGUACGAUGCCUGGUAUGCGGCGUUGGUGCAGCUCGAGAAUGCGGCCAUCAAGCCCCAGAUCGAAUCGGCAACCGUUCGUGAGAGCAAUCUGGACGCACUCGUUGAGCUGUACGCGCUGCUUCAAGAAGACGACUUCUACUACGGGACGUGGCGUCGGCGGUGCCAGUUUGUCGAGACCAACGCGGGCCUCUCGUACGAGCAAAACGGCAUGUGGGACAAGGCCCAGAAGCUGUACGAGACUGCUCAGAUCAAAGCGAGGACUGGCGUCAUACCCUUUUCUCAGGCCGAGUACAUGCUCUGGGAAGAUCACUGGGUCCUGUGUGCGCAGAAGCUCCAGCAGUGGGAGAUUCUACAAGAUUUCGCCAAGCACGAGAACUUCCAGGACUUGCUUCUCGAAUGCGCCUGGCGCAACACGGACAUGUGGCAGGAUGCUCAGCACCGAGAGGCACUUGAUAAUGUCAUUAAGGGUGUCAUGGAUGCGCCGACUCCUCGCAGGGCGUUCUUCCAAGCCUUCAUGUCUCUACUCAAGUUCCACAACCAGCAGGAGAACGCUCUCGACUUUGGUCGCGUCUGCGACGAGGCCAUUCAGCUUUCCAUCAGAAAGUGGCAUCAGCUUCCGGAGCGACUGACCAAUGCGCAUAUUCCAUUGCUGCAAAACUUCCAGCAGCUCGUCGAGAUGCAUGAUGCUAGUGUCAUCUGCCAGAGCCUAGCAAGCACAAACUCGUCCAACCUCGAUGUCAAGUCUGGCGAGCUGAAGCUGCUCCUUGGCGCGUGGCGCGACAGGCUGCCCAAUGUUUGGGACGACAUCACCGCUUGGCAGGACCUGGUCACCUGGAGGCAGCACAUCUUCAGCCUCAUCAACCAGACUUACCUGCAGUUGCUUCCCCAGCAGGGCCAGCAGAAUGCCGGAGGGGCCAACUCCUUUGCCUACCGCGGCUACCACGAGACUGCUUGGAUCAUCAACCGAUUCGCUCACGUGGCCCGCAAGCACAGCCUCCCAGAAGUCUGCAUCAGCCAGCUGAGCCGCAUCUACACCCUCCCCAACAUCGAGAUCCAGGAGGCUUUCCUGAAGCUGCGGGAACAGGCCAAGUGUCACUACGAGAAUCCGGACGAAUUGUCGAGCGGCUUGGAUGUUAUCAACAACACGAACCUCAACUACUUCAAUCCGCAGCAAAAGGCCGAAUUCUACACGCUCAAGGGCAUGUUUCUCGAGAAACUCAGCCACAAGGAAGAGGCCGAUAGUGCCUAUGGCACUGCACUGUACUUCGACAUCGGGGCGGCCAAGGCUUGGGCAGAAUGGGGGUACUUCAACGACAGAAAAUUCAAGGAGGAUCCCUCAGACUUGAACGCCGCUCGGCAGGCACUCACCUCCUACUUGCAAGCAGCCGGCAGCUACAAGAAUGCCAAGUCUCGGAAGCUGCUGGCCCGAAUCCUCUGGCUGCUCAGCUUGGAUGACUCCAAGGGCACCAUCGCCAUGGGCUUUGACGACUUCAAGGGCGAGACACCUGUGUGGUACUGGAUUACCUUUAUUCCCCAGCUGCUCACGGGUCUGGGCCACAAAGAGGCACCGCGCGUCUACCAGAUCUUGCUGAGCAUCGCCAAGUCAUACCCGCAGGCGCUCUACUUCCAGCUUCGAACCAAUCGCGAGGACAUGCACAUCAUCCGAAAGAGCCAGGAGGCAAAGGAGCGAGCCCGACAGCAGCGAGCACCGUCGACGGCGGCCAACACUAAGGCUGGGGCGUCGCCGCUACAAACCAAACAGGACGCCCCAAAAAUCGAAGCUGGCGCUUCUCGACCCGGCACUGCCAGCGGAGGCGAUGGCGCUCAAGUCAAGAUGGACGGGAUCGAGCCGAACGCAGCGCAGGCGCCGGCGGCUGCGUCGAUGUCGACGGCAAACAAGAAGCCGCCGUGGGAGCUGACGGAGGAGAUCAUGUCGGUGCUCAAGACGGCGUUCCCCCUGCUGGCUCUCUCGAUGGAGACCAUGGUGGACCAGAUUCAAAAGCACUUCAAGUGCCCUCCGGACGAGGAUGCGUACCGUCUGAUCGUCGCCCUCCUCAACGAUGCCUUGACCUAUGUCAGCCGCACCCCGGCCUCGUUUGCCAAGAGUGUCAAGCUUCCCCCGGCAACGGAAACGAACAUCACUAGGUUUGCUGAGACGAUCCUGCCGAACCACAUCAAGAAGUCCUUUGAGGCGGACUUCGUGGAGGUGAAGCCGACAAUGUACGAGUACAUCCACAAGCUGCGCCGCUGGCGAACCAAGUUUGAGGAGAAGUUGGACCGACGGUUCUGCCAUGCACCGCUGGAGACGUUUUCGCCCCAUUUGAGCGAAUUCCGGUACCAGAAGUUUGACGAGGUGGAGAUUCCGGGACAGUACCUCCAGCACAAGGACAAGAACCAGGACUUUAUCCGGAUCGAACGGUUCCUGCCCAACGUCGACCUGGUGCGGUCCUACAGCGCCUCGUACCGGCGACUCAAGAUGCGCGGUCACGACGGCAGCGUGCACGCGUGGGCGGUGCAGCAUCCGGCGGCGCGGCACUGCAGGCGGGAGGAGAGGAUUCUGCAACUGUUCCGGCAGCUUAACCAGACUCUGGGCCGCAAGAAGGAGAGCCGCCGUCGCGAUCUCCAGUUCACGCUGCCGCUCAUGGUUCCUCUUGCGCCCCACAUCAGGAUCGUGCAAGAGGACACGUCGUACGUGACGUUGCAGGCCGUGUACGAGGACCACUGCAGACGCGUGGGUCUAGUCAAGGACGAGCCGGUGCUCUUCACGCUUGAGAAGCUUCGGGGCGUGCUGGAUCCGAAGAACCAGGGCAAGGUGGAGCUGACGCCGACGGCGCGGCUGGAGGUGUUUAAGGCGGUGCAGGAGAAAUGGGUGCCGUCGACGAUUGCGCUGGAGCACUUCCAGCAGGUGUUCCCGCAGUUUGCGGAAUUCUGGCUGUUCCGACGGCAGUUUUCGUAUCAGCUGUCGGCGCUGACGUUUAUGACGUACAUUCUCUACAUGCACAACCGAUACCCGUCCAAGAUGAACAUUGCGCGGGGGUCGGGCAACAUCUGGGGCUCUGAGCUCAUGUCGUUUAUGAACCCGUCGAAGCCCUUCUUCACCAACCUCGAGGCAGUGCCAUUCCGACUGACGCCGAACCUGCAAGUGCUGAUGGGGCCGCUGGCGACGGAGGGCAUCUUUGCGUGCUCGCUGAUGGCGAUUGCGCGGUGCCUGACGGAGCCCGAGGACGAGCUGGAGCACGCGCUGACGCUGUUUGUGCGGGACGAGAUGAUAUUCUGGCUGACGAGCAGCCACCGGAACGGCAUCAGCGAGAGCCAGCUGCGGGACUCUGUGCAGCUCAACAGCGACUCGAUUGUGAAGCGGGCGGCGAGCCUGGCGCACAAUCCGGCGGGGAACCUGCCGGCCAACCAGACGGUGAUUGAUGCGGUGGCCAAGGCGGUGAAUCCGAUGAACCUGGCCCAGUGCGAUGCGCUGUGGAUGCCAUAUCUGUGA